AUGCCUGUGCGGAAAUCACUCCGAAACAGAGAGCGCAAGGCGGCUGCUGCGGCGGCGCCCAGCACCACCUCGUCCUCAGUCCCAGCCGCCAAAACAACCAAAACACGCAAAAACACGGCAGGUCGCGGCCGGCCGGGCAGGAAGCCCAAUGCGGCCAAGAACGCGGCCAAGAAGGACGCGACCAAGCCUGCCACCACGGGACCCGUCAGCAUCGGCAAGAGCCUGAAGAAGUGGCUCUUUGAGGACAUCGUCAACCACAAGUGGGAGGGCGACAAGAUCCUGCUCGAGGUCCGCUGGCAGGGCACCGACGAGACCAGCUGGGAGCCUGAGGUCAACAUCCACCGCGACGCCAAGAGGGCUCUCAUCCAGUACUGGAAGGCCCAGGGAGGACGACCUGUGAACCCCCAGGACGAGGGGCUCUUCACCAUCUAUGCCCUCAAGGGCGUCAAGACCGACUCCGAGGGACAGCGCCUCAUCCAGGUCGAGUGGGUUGGCUUUUCAAGACCCACCUGGGAGCCUGAGUCGGCCAUCAAGGCAGCCGCGCCCGACGCUUUGGAGGCGUAUCUCGAGAAGAAGGGGGAGAAGUAG